CCUUUCUUUUUCUUUUGUCUCCAAUUGUCUUCGAGUCUCCCAACGACUUUUCAUGAACAUCGUAAUAUCCUAAUCCACAAAACCAUCGACAUCAAUUUUAAAAAUUUCCACCACUUUCUUCUCCAUUCUUCUCUGACUGUUUUCGUUUAGGUUUCGCGACAACUUCUCAUCCAAGAAUAUAUAGAAAUUCGAUUUUUCUCACCAAAAACCUCCUGCACUCUAUUGCCGCCAUUGAAUGCCUGUAAACAAGUGCUUGCACCCUGUUGUGUUAGGAAUUUCGGUAUGUUGUUGGUUGUUUCAAUUUUCUAAUGAUUUUCAUUUAAUUGCACUUCUUUCUAAUCCUAUCCUGUUUUUGAGUGAUGUCUCUAACUUUAUGGGUUUGAGGAUAGACAAAUUGUCGUCCAAGAAAUAAGGAUUUCGCAUUUUUGUCGCCAACCACCUCUGCGCUCAAUUUCCGCCACCAAUAAACCGUGCUCCGUUAUUGUUUCAAAUAUCGGUUAGCACAGUAGUUAUUAUUAUUAUUCAAAAGUAUCAAUAUGAAGCAAAACAAAACAAAAACCAACGGCAAAAAAGGAUACAUCAAAAUCGGUUCAUGUUUGAACCGAAAUGAUUCGUGAGGCCAAUAAAAACCGGACCGUUUACUCGGGAAGCGAACGGAAACCGCUGAUUGGUCCACACGCAAAAUGGCAGAUUUUCAACCGUUACUGAACGAUCAUCAACAAGAUGAUGAAGAAUUGCAGCACCAGCAACACCUGAUCGCUGCAGAGAAGAAAAUUGGUUGUAGAAUCGCUUCACUUGAUGUUUUUCGCGGACUGUCGAUCUUCCUUAUGGUGCUUGUGGAUUAUGCUGGCUCUAGUUUACCAGUUAUUGCUCAUGCCCCAUGGAAUGGCUUACACUUAGCAGAUUUUGUCAUGCCUAUGUUCCUUUUCACUGCUGGAGUAUCUCUUGCGAUUGUAUACAAGAAAAUUCCAAACAGAUAUGAAGCCACGUGGAAAGCAAUAGUAAGAGCAAUGAAACUUUUUCUUCUUGGUGUUUUUCUUCAAGGUGGUUACCUACAUGGGAUUACUUCAUUAACAUAUGGAGUUGAUGUUGAGAAAAUACGCCUGCUUGGCAUCCUACAGAGGAUAGCAAUUGGAUACAUUGUUGCAGCACUGUUUGAAAUUUGGAUUCCCCGUCAAACCUACAAGAAAGAGCCAUUCUUCAGUGUUUAUAUUUGGCACUGGUGUGGUGUAAUUUUGUUGUUGGCCAUCUACAUGGGAUUGACAUAUGGGUUGUACGUUGCAGAUUGGCAAUUCAAGGACUUGCAUUCAUUAUCUUCUUUAAUUUCUGAAAAUGGAAGUACAAUCCGUACUGUGACAUGUUCUGUUAGAGGUGAUCUUGGGCCUGCUUGCAAUGCUGCUGGAAUGAUAGACAGAUAUAUACUUGGAAUUGAUCAUUUAUAUCAAAAGCCUGCUUACAGAAACCUCAAGGAAUGUAAUAUAUCUAAGAGUGGACAAGUUUCUGAAUCUUCACCUUCAUGGUGCUAUGCCCCUUUUGAACCCGAAGGCAUCUUAAGUUCCUUAACAGCUUCUUUGGCCUGCAUAAUUGGUCUUCAAUAUGGUCAUAUUUUGAUCGAAUUACAGGGGCAUAAAGAUCGACUUUGCAACUGGUCCCUCCUCUCAGUUUCAUUUCUAAUUCUUGGAUUCAUACUUGCUCUCAUAGGUAUUCCUUUGAACAAGGGCUUGUACACAUUGAGUUACCUUCUGGUAACUUCAGCAGCAUCAGGACUCACAUUUUGUGCAUUAUAUUUACUGGUGGAUGUAUACAGAUGGAGGCGUACAACGUUUUUGUUUGAAUGGAUGGGAAAACAUUCUUUAAGCAUUUUUAUUCUUGUCACAUCAAACUUGGUUGUCAUUAUGGUUCAAGGUUUCUACUGGAAAUCUCCUCACAAUAACAUUAUCUAUUGGAUUGUGUCGCACAUUGUGCAAAAGUAGCGUCUGCACAUUGAUAACUGUUUUCUUAGGAUUUAAUGGAGUCUCCAUUUUUGCAAUUUAUUGGAAUGGUUGGAGGGGUGUUAAACACUUGAAAGAUGAUUUGAUUGAAGAUUAAAAACAAUGACGAUAUCAUUUAGCAUGUCCAGUGUACUUUAGAUUAAACUCCAUUAGCCAAUUUGACGACAGACUAACAAUAAACAUGUAAUUCCUAGUUUACAGAAGUUAUGAAAUGGUUACUCUUAUCAUUCCUAGAGGUCCACAUGACUACAUGGGUCAUAUAGGAUUCGGUGUAACCCGAUUAUGAUCGGAUAUAAACCAGUGUUUCCAAA